CGAGCAAUUUGUGGCACCGAGAAUAAAGUGAAAAAUCUACCAUUUGCACUGAAAGAAUCCUUUAAAAUUAACACAAAAGGUCUACUGGCAUAUCAACUGCUGACCCUGGUGCCCGAGGAGAUGCGAUUUGUCGCAAGUGCGAGACGAUUUUAAGCCUUAAUCACCUAGCAGCGAUGGUGUGACCUUUUCCCACUUCCCCGAGGAUUGGGCGAGGAGGCCAAAAAGAAAAAAAGCUCACAUCAACUCUUUCGGGAAAAGGCAAAAAAGAGCACAUCGGAAAAUUUAUCGGACGACUUUUCAUCGGCAAAAUCAUCGAUUCCGGGCGUCCCUAGAAAGCGGGCCCCUAUUUGCGAUCGUGCAACGGUGUGGUGCGGUGGUGUGUCUAUUUCCAGGGAUUUUUCUUUAGUGGGAUAGCGCGGAGGAGGAGCGUCGGUUUUGCAGUACUCUUCGUCCAUCCACCAUUGCACCAGACGUCCCGUCGUAAAUUUGUUACUCAGCUAACUUGAUUCUUCUUUCUUCUUUCUAUAUUUUCGCGUGCUCACACACACACAAAUGGUGUGCUGAAAAACGAAAAUUGUUAAAACAUAAUGAAUGCCAACAUAAAAUACUCAAUCGUUGAAUUGCCAAAAAAUGGACAACUACCAAACUGGCAAUGAUUGAACGAAACGUAAAAUUGUGAAAAUGUGCUGGUGAUGUUUCUGGUGAAAAACUAAACGCAAAACUACCAAAAACUGCCUGGUGAGCUUUGCAUCUUUUUCGUCGGCUUGGAUUGUGUUGUGGGGUUGUUUUUUGUGUGAUUUGUGACUUCAUUUUGCUCGGGGGAACGACGAUUGGCCAAAAUGAUACAGACUAUACAAGAUGUCAACGAUUGCGUGCCGCUCUAUCUGCCGCACAGCUUGUACCUCAAGCCGCUGGCCAAGUUCAACAUCUCGGUCGCGCUGCCUGCUACGAUUACGGGCAAGACCAUCUCCAACUUUGACGUCAUGGAGAAGAUGCGCCAGAUGAUACUGCCGGAUCGGUUCUCCCUGUUGAAGGUCUCGAAAAGCACCGUUGGCUUCAUACGGUUUGAAGGGGAGCUCGAGGACCGAGGCAAACUGAAAGCCGUCCUGUCCCGGCUCGACGGUCGCCCGUUGCGGUUGGCCGGGUUUGACGAAUCGGUGAAGGUGCGAGCAUCGGAGGCGAAGGACGAUUUCCCGACCCGGCACGAUUGGGAUUCGUUUUUCCGCGAUGCCCGCAACAUGGACGAGAUGAAGGCGGGCGAGCGGCCCGAUACGAUCCAUUUCAGCAACCUGCCGAUCAAGUGGUUCUGCCCACGGCACGCCGAAAACGACGACAACGCCAAACCGAGUGAGAACAUCUUCAAGCGCAUCUUCGAGAAGUUCGGUGAGGUGCGCGCGGUGGACAUACCGAUCUGCGAUCCGUACCGGUCGCAGAUGAAAGCGCACAUGUCCGGUAUGAAGAAGUUUAGCUUCGACCAGGAGAUGUACUUCGAAGGGUACGUGCAGUUUUCCGAAUACGUCGGGUUUGUGAAGGCGAUGGACGAGUUUCGUGGCAUGAAGCUGGUGCGCAAGGAGGGCGAACGUAACCUGGCGGUUACGAUUGCGGUGGACUUCGAUCAGACCAAGCAUCUAAGCGACGCGUCGGUGAAGAAACGUCAGGUCGUACGCGAUCGUUUGAUCGCUGUCGAUCGGGAGAAGGAGGAACAGGAGAAAAAACGAUUGGCUGAGGAGGAGGCGCGCAAGGAGCUGGAAAGAAAGCAAAAGGAAGAAAAGCGUCAAGCCGAAAUCGAGUUGCAGUUGCAGCGGGAACAACGGCGUAAGGAAAAACAUCUGCAAAAAUUACGCCAAAAGGAGUCGGAUGAGAUCAGUCAAAAGAUAAGGCUGGAGGAGAAAAAGUUGCUCGAAGCGCAGCGUAAGCUAGAGAGCAUCCGUCUAUUGGAUGCAUUAUUCGAACGCAUGAAGAUGAAACACUCUCUCGAGAAAGGGAAACAAAAAAGCCUCAUAUCGAGCGAUGGCGAAGGGAAUGAUAACGUAAGCGUUUCAUCGACGCAGGAUCGUAAGAAGAAGGCAAACAAGCUGAAAGCUACGCAGGAAAAGGAGCUGGAAAGGAUGCGGGUGCGUUUGAAACAGGCCAAGGAUGGCAGUGUGCUGAAGAAGGUGCUUAGUUCGGGACUCGGCGUGAAGGUGGAACGGUCCCGUUCGCCGAGCAUCAACACGAUCAGCUCGGACGAUGCAAUCCUUAGCGAUACGCCCCAGACGAAGGUGAAGAAGAAACGCAAGUCGCGGGCAUCCUCCAAGAAGUCCGGUGACUCGGAUGUGUCCUCUUCGGAAGAAUCGUCGAACGAGGAAGAGGAACCGCUAUCUGGUGAGGAGAAAAUAAAGCGAGAAAAUCGGGACGGUCCUCAAGCGCAACAACAUCCUUCGGCUCCGUAUCCUUCGGCUCAGGGCAUGCCGUACGAUCGAAGCGCAAUGGGUUACGGACCACCGAUGCAUCCCGCAGCAGCCUAUCCUCCGACGGCCAUGUACCCUGGGAUGGACUGGACGGCCGGUAUGAGCUACCCGUACGCUUACGAUCCGUUCUAUGCGCAGUACUACGCGAGCUCGAUGGCAUACCGAGGCCCGUUCCGAACGGCCACCAGAGGUCCACCACGCUAUCCUCGCGGUGGUCCGGGUGGUGUUUUGCGAGGUCGUGGCAGCGGUUAUCGUGGCCGCGGCGGAUACGACUACUAUCGGGGAGGCCGUGGUGGCGACGAUUACGAUGGUUACGUCCGAACGGGUAGUCGAUCGUAUUCGCGCUCACGAUCCCGGUCACGGCAUCGACGGCGGUCAAGUCGAAGCCGAAGCCGUCGGUCACGCUCGAGAAGUAGCCGUAGCAGAAGCCGCAGCCGAAGCCGCAGUCGUAGAAGUCGCAGCCAUCGUUCGCGUUCCAGUUCCCGAACGACUUCCAGAUCACGAUCGCGCUCACGCUCCCGAAAGUCCAAAUCGGAGCACCGUAGCCGUAGUAGGUCAAAAUCGCGGUCCCGUUCGCACAGCCACCAUCGGAGCAAACGCACCCGCUCUCGAUCACGCACCCGCUCGGAUGAGCGAUCGAAGAAGCCUGCCGUGCAAUUGUCGAAACCGACGUCGAAAAACUUGGUUUCAACCAUUCGGGGCUCUACCAGAUCGCGUUCCCACUCCCGGUCGCGUUCCCGUUCAAAGUCGCACUCGCGUUCCCGCUCCAACUACAAACACCGAUCUUCACGAAGGCAUCGUUCCCCUCGGCCACGGCGUGCUGACUCCGCUGAGCCUAAGGCGCCAAACGAACCGGAUCAGCAGGAGGAAGAACCCUUCAUCCCGGGUCCUAUAGGGCCUAGAUCACCGCCCGAAUUACCGCCACCACCAGAACCACCGUUCAUUCCCGAGCAUAACAAUGGGGGUGCACUCAUCGGAAACGUCCGGGAUGAAGACGAGGAGCCGGCGGUCGUAUCGGAAUCGUUCAAAAAACAUCGCAUCAUUGUGCGAACGGAUACGCUCGGUUCUAAAAGUACAAAGGAAAUCGAAGAGGAAGUGCGUGAGCGGCUGCUGCGACAGCAAAUGGAGAGGGAGCUGCAAGUGCGCAAGGAACGGGAGAAAAAGAAGCGCCGCGCUAAGGAGGCCGAGGAUCAUAAAGAGGAAGACGACGACGAUGACGAGGAGGAAGAGGAUGAUGAUGAGGAGGAUGACGACGACGAGGAUGACGAAGAAGACAGUGACGAAGAUGAUGAGGAGCGUCAGAAUGAUCGUCGUAAGGUGCCCGAGAGGCGUACGAGAAACCAUACAAAUCCAGAACCAGCCUCACACGGCAACGGGCAUAAGCGCAGGGAAAUUCGUCCGCCAACAACACCACCACCACCACCAGUACACCGCAGACGUGAAGGCAAGUCUCCCGAUCAACGGGAGUCUUCGCGACGGGAGGCGCAGCAGCGUUCGGGACGUUUUAAUGGCGAACCACGGAAACCACCUCGUACGCCUUCCUCGUCCGAAUCGCAGGAAGACUCAAGUGGAAGCAGCAGUGGUAGUAGCAGCGAAGCAGAGAAUCCAAGACGUGCUCGUCCCGCAUCACGCACUCGACCGAAAUCUCCCGACAGUCCAGACCGGCGGCAUCGACGAAAGCCCGAUGGGACGGAUGGGUUGGACAGAAGAAGACCACACGAGACUAGCGCGGCCCGUCCCGACGACGGUGUGUUGGAAGAAAAGCGCGCCCGAAUGGCUUCCAGACAGGCGUCGUCUGCGGCAGGGAUCACAAGAGGGCGCUCGCAGGAGACCCAACGUAGUAUCGAUGGAGGUCGUGCCCCCCGGUCUCCGGUAGGGAAAGGACGGCUUGCGCCGCGCCAGCGAAGUCGUAGCCGGGAACACCAUCGUAAAUCGUCCCACUCACGAGUAGACGGCCGUCGGAACGAGGAUGGCAUUGGGGGGGAUGAGUCGAUGCGGCGCCGAGAUGUAGCUGUGAGUUCUAGGCACGGCCUUCGGGGUAGUCGACGGUCGUAGAGCAAAUGUUUCAGUUGAGUUGGAGUGACGUAACUAGAACACUAGCAUUUGCGGGACGGUUAGUGGCCAAAACCGGUUCCUGUAAAUCAUUAGUUUGUAAACCCCUUACCACUUCCGUUCAUAAAUUAAAAAAUAAUAUCGGGCGUUAUUCCAUCGGUAGAAGUUCCACAAAUGCCUUUUUCAUUCCUACAUUACCGACAAUUUCCGGUUUUAAUUUAGUUGAGCUGUAGCAAAAAACGAACCCAAAACGAACGUACUAUUUGUGUGUUCUUUGGAUGGAUGAAAAUGUUGGAAUAAUGGCAUCUUUCGGCAAUUGGAAGAACACAUUAUUUUUUGUUCAUUUUUGAAUGAAAAAGGCAUUUGUUGGAUGCAAUAUCGAUGUAAAAACGCGACUAAAUUACAAUAGCGAGUGUACUUUUCUCAUAGAGUUCAAUCCGCGCGAGAUUAAGAUAAAAGUGUAAAAAUAAUAAAUUUGAUCAAUAAUGUCUCUCUCUGUA